GGUUGCCAUGGCCGCGGCGUCUCAAGAUGGCGUCGCUGCUGCAGGAGACGCUGCUGGAGAGGCGCGGGCAGGCGCCGGCGCCCAGCAAGGACUUCUGCCAGCUGCUCGUCACCCGCCGCCAGGUUGUUUUCAGGUGGUGGAGAAUCUCUCUGAGGAAUGAAUGUCGUGAAGCAAGACCUGGAGAAAUUAAAGAAUCCCAUGAGGAUUUUUUGGAUGAUUCAUCUCUUCAGAUUCAAAUUGCUAUAAUAUUUGGUGCCAAAGUUCUGGAACAUGUCCUCAAUCUGUGCCGAGGUAAAUUUGACUUCCUGGAGCGGCUUCCUGUCCCACUGCUCCUGUACAUCAUUUCCUUUCUGGAGCUCGAAGAUAUUGCCAGGCUUUCUCAAGUUUCACACAGAUUAAAAAUGAUAUGUAACAGUAACGCACUAUGGGAAGGUAUUGUGGAGAACUUGUGUGACACAAUUACACCUGAAAUGAGAGACCUGGCACAGGAAAUGGGCUGGAAACAACUCUUCUUCACAAACAGACUGCAGCUGCAGCUGCAGCUCCGAAGGAGGCGACAGAAACAUGCAGAAAAGGAAAAGCUAACUGAAUAAAGAUGCAUGUUUUUCAUUGAGGCAACUGUUCUAAUGUGUGGAUUUGUUGCUUUUCAGGUCAUUCUGUAUAUUUUUUUGGCUGGGGAAAGUAAAUUAAUCAAAAGAUUAAAAGAAUAAAAUUAUUUCUAAUACAGGCAACAUGUAAAAUAAUCUCUAGUAUUUUGGGCCUCUUAAAAUUGAAUUAUAUUCAGCAUCUAAACAAUUCCUCAGAAUAUUUAAUAAUUCUGGCUUCUUUGUACUUUUUUUUGAUUUACAGAUUUUGUAUGUGUACUAUAUUAGCAAGCUAUGUCCAUGUUUGUUUGCUAAUAAAUGCUAUGGCAUUGUCAGCCUUGCCUUUAAAGAAUAGGGAAGAAAACUAUUGCUUCCUUCUUCAAGAGUUGCUGAUGAAUGCUGAAAAUUUACUAUCCUUCACACAAUUUUCUUGGUAUAUAGGCAACUAACAUAUGCCCAGUUCCAGCUUGAUGUGUGUUAAAAUGUUUUUAAAUUAAUUCAAGCAAAUUGUCACUUUGUUACCAAGAAGAAAAUUCUUUGGUUACUGAGGAUGUGAAUUAGACAUUCGUCUUUGUCUUGAGUUAUCCAUCAAAAUCAUAUUUAAGGCAGACUGUUGGAAGUGGGUAUAGGCAAAAAUUUCCUUGUUGUUGCUGAUGAAGGGACUUAGUAAAGCAGUUAACUUCCAUGACUAGAGUUCUGUAUUUGAUAAGUGCUGUUUUGUGCAUCCAUAACAGUAGUUUCUUAAGUGAGUUGUAAAACAAAGGCAGUUCUUGCUAACAUUUUUAAGAUACUUUAACAAUAAAAUUGAGUAAUUAGAGGUCAAUUAUUACUUCUCUGAAAGCGCGGAUUGAUUAAUUUACCAUUGACUGGACAUGAGACCUGAGCAUUAAAAAUGGUGAUGUCAAUAAUAUCUGGUAGGUGUAUUCAACUUGGCCUGAAUUUGCUUAGGCUGCCUACCUAAGAUCUACAAGAUAAAACACUCUAGUUUUUUAAAAUUAUGUAAAUGAUUAGGCCUGUAUUCAAAAUCAUAAACACUAGAAUAAUUAUGUGUACAUCACUGACAGUGACACACUGAUCAAUUAUUGAUUCUAUACCAUAGAAUC